GAGACCUCGGCCAGGAAAGUUCAUCAGGCAUGGGUGCUCCUCUGAGCCCGUGGUCACAGAGCCCAGUGUCACAGCCAGUCCCUGCCCUGAUGCCACUGGGAUGUGACUGUGAUGCUGCCACUGAGGGAUCUUUCUUCCCAGGACAGAAUCAUCAAUCUAGUUGUUGGUGGCUUAACAACCUUGCUGCUUGUAGUCACUCUAAUCAGUGCUUUUGUCUUCCCGCAACUACCUCCAAAACCUGUGAAUGUAUUUUUUGCUUUCUGCAUCUCCUUGUGUUGCAUUUCUGCUGGCAUUCUUAUCUACUGGUAUCGACAAGGAGACCUGGAACCCAAAUUUAGAAAUCUAAUUUACUACAUAUUGUUUUCUAUUGUCAUGUUAUGUAUAUGUGCCAACCUGUACUUCCAUGAAGUGGGUAAAUGAAGGACAUUGGGAAUACCCAGCAAUGAUGCUACUGUGUCAGAGUGCUUCCAGCUCAGCUCUCAGCUCUACUCGACAUUUAAGUGAGAACCAUCAGCCUGAGAGGAAAGAAGUGGGUUGUGCAAGGAUAAAUCAGUACAUGAUUUUCAUGUAAAUGUAUAUGUAAUGUCCCUCUUGUUGGGGAGAAUUAUUGCCAUAAGACGUGACAUUCUGCUUUUUUUUGAAGAGCUACUGUUGCGCUUAAUGAACAUUCCAGUUGUACUGAUGUUUCAGAAUGGCACAAGCUUUUUCAUUUUGGAAAAAAAUGCACUUUUUUUAUUACUGUACAAAUAAACUGCAGCACUGAAAGGAUCUGUGGCAGUAUAAAUAAAUGGCAUCUUACAGUCAAGUAAGACAAAUACUCUUUAUUUUGUUGAAACUGAAUAUACAAUUAUUUCUGUUCCCUAGGCAACCAUUUAAAACUACAACUUAUUUUUCACAUUAACAAAACCACAGACUGAAAAAGACCAACUCUUGAUUAUGAAGAGCUAAUUACAGAAAUAAAUAAAAUAAUUUAUACAAGUCUUUAGUUUCUAUAGCUUUUUCUCUUGAUUCCUAGCUAACAGGCUGCUGUUCAGCCUAGUGUCUGUUUCAAACAACGUAGGAAUUAAUUGGCUUCCUUUGCCUCAGGGCCCUAUGUCCAGACUCUCACAGAGCUAUUCCUCCAAGACUUUGCCACCUUCACACCAUUCCCAUUGAUUAACUUGCUGCAGAAAUCACAUCUGGAGAGGUGGUUGGUAGUGUCAGGUAAACAGCGAGAGACAAAUGUUCCAAUCUACUCACAACAAUCUUGAAAUUCCAAGCUUGUGGGGGGAGGCCGGUGGGUCCCAGUAGCUUCCCUUUCUCAUAGCCCUUCCCUUUUUGUUCAGCUUGCUGUAGUGAUGAGAGAAAAGAAAAAAAAAAAAAAAA